CAAAAGUUUGAAGUGACACAUGCUCUUUGGCUGCACGAGCCAACUAGGACUUUCCAAACAAGCUUGGAUAAUGAAUAUGAUCCACUCGACCGAUUUGACACCAUAGGAUCUAAAUUACAAGGUCAGCUUCGGGAUAUCAUGGAUUUCCGUGAUGGAAUGCAAGAACAAAGGUCAAAUAUGGCUAGUCGUCUUCGAGCUCGAGGCGCAGCUAUAUUUCAAUGUACUGAAGGAGACUUACGAGUAUCACAUGUAAGGCGGGAAAAAUUUGGGGAGAGGAUAGGGCGAGCGGAGGGUCCAGAUGGUAGUUUGAUAUACCAUCCAUGGAAUGCUGAGAUCCUUCACAGCAACUAUGCAGGCAAGUUUGACGUGAAAAGUGUAUUUUUGAACCCUAUUCUUCAGAAAACAAUUAGCUGCAUAAUACGAGGGCCCGCAUCUGUGAUCUUGAUGAACGAAGGGGAGCCAUCUCGUGCUACCAGAAACAACGAAACAAUGGACCUGAAAUGGGGGUUAGACCAUACUACACCAGGCAUGAUUGCGGCCUCUGCUGUUCUGGCUCGCUGGACUUUAUCUCCAGAUGACUAUUUCAAGGAGAGAGGGGCCGAGUCAGGUAUUCAUUGGCAUGAAGACUUCGAUAACUACCUGCAAUUCCUCUUAAGCGGCCUGAAAAAGCAAAAACGGAGUGUACUGCAUAUUUUUCGGCAGUGGGAUAUGGCUCUUUUCCCCAACACUGAACACGGGCUUGCUGGCCAGUUGACUAACACAGGUAGAGAUCAACUGAUGCAGAGUGUGAUGGCAGCGCUCGAUGAGGACGAGGAUGAGCUUGCCGAG